AAUUACUUACCCACACGUAUCGAUGGAGAGAUGUUUUCUGGGUUUGGGUUCCAAGAACAAGUCGGUGGCUGUCAAAGAAGGUAUUACUGCUGCAAGAAAAGAUUCAGAUCGUAGCUUCGAGAAGUGAUUCACUGUCUAUAUGAUAUUACGUUAAAAUUAGGUAGCUCUGAACAGAGAGUUCUCUAUUGUGGAAGAAACAGUUGGUAGUAUUUUCUCUUGGGUUCUAAUUUUCAGCAGCAUCUGGAGCUUCAGGCAUGCAGUGGUCAUUUUCAAACAAGGUUUCUGCACCUCAGUACCUUUCGUUUAAGGCUAAUCAAGAUGAUGGUGGACCUAGAAAAACCGGUUUUGAUUCCCUCUCCUCAACCAGAUUUAUGACUAUAUCCAGUGCAGAAGCUUUUGAAUCCAAUCACAAACUGUACUCUAGCAUCGUGCAGAAAAACUUGAAUCUGGAUAAGCAAGCGGGAACCCAUUAUACAGUGACCAGCUAUCCUCCAAAGCAAUUUGAUGCACAUUCUCGUCCCCAUGAAGCCAGGAUGCUGCCAAUGGCCAACCAAACAAACCAAAAGAUUUCCAUUAUCAGUUCUGCUAUAAACCCACAACCUCUUCGAGCAGUUCCUGUAAUAUCCUCUGUUUCAGUCGUUCCCACGAGCACUUCAGUUGUCGGUACCACUGACUUAAGGAACAGUUCUAAGCCCUCCGGGGGUCCUGCUCAGUUGACCAUCUUUUAUGCUGGUUCUGUAUGUGUUUAUGAUAAUGUAUCUCCUGAGAAGGCUCAAGCUAUCAUGUUGUUGGCUGGAAAUGGGCAUUCUUCAACUCCAAAUAAGGCAGUAGCUACAACUCAAGUGGAAGUACCGGUACCAAGGCCUUCUGGUGUUGACAAUUUCAUUGGGAACCAGUCCCGUACCACGUCCCCUUGUUUAGGUCUUCCGAGCCCUAUUUCUGGAGGAUCCAGUAGCAGCACUGCUAUAACAGCAGUGCGAGCAAUAGGAACCCUUGCAUCUACUUCUAACAAAUCAGAGCCUUCUAAAGGCGUCAGUUCAAGAGCACCUGUUUCUGCUGCCCUGGUUCCAUCAGCUGUGCCUCAGGCUCGUAAAGCAUCUUUAGCUCGAUUUUUGGAGAAACGCAAGGAGAGGUAAUUAACAGUAAUACAGUUGAUUUUAAUUCGCAAGUAUUUAUAUUGAUAUAUUAAAAGAUUAUUUCCCAGUGGUGCCCAACUGUGAUCUGUAUUCUCUUUUAAACCUGCAUGAUAGUUGAGUUCAUGCUAUAGUAUUGGGGCAUGUUUGAACCUCUGAUUAAAUCAAAACAAUGAUUUAUGUUUAGAAUUUCAAUUUAGCGUGAUUUUUGCAUUGCAUUUGUGACGAGUCCUCUACAAGUGGACAGAGUAGCAUGAAAUAAAAACAUAACUAAACAAAAUCAUAGUGUCUACCAUCAUCCAGUAAUAAUGUUUGUACUUGCACUCUGGAGAGACACAACCAUGGAAGUGAUUGCCAUAUUUUUUGCGAAGGCUGCUCAACAAUUGGAUUCUUGUAGAUGGAUCAUAUGACUGCUACUUUGCAGCUCUCUAGUUUUUUGUUUGUUCCCCCCCUUUUAUCUUUUACCUUCUUCCCUGUUAUUUUCUCCCAAAUCUGGGUAUCUGUUGACUGUUUAAGACAGUAUCUUAGUAUUUUUUAGUGUGAAUUUCGUGUUCCAAAAAAUGUUGAACUCAUCAGUGCAUUUUGUUCUCUUCUAAACGGAGUCCCAUUUCUUUCUCUAGAUUUAAUCAUAUUCUUACUGUUUUAAUGAUAACUUUGGUAAUAACCAUCAAUAUUGAACUCGACAAUUCAUAAUUUGUUUUUGAGAAGCACAUACGUUCUUUGUUCCAUUAAAGUCAAAUAUUUCCAUUUGUGUUUUCCAUCCGCAUUGGAUGCAUCUCUAAUUUUGAAAAUGAAUGUAUCAUCUUUUUGUGCCCCCAAAGAUGAUGAAACAAGACAAGCGCUUGUGGUUAGACUCAAGUUUGUGCAAUGUAUUGAUAAAUUCUCGGAGAUGGGUUAAGGCACACUACCCUUAACCAUCGCAAUUCCUUAAAGUUUGACCAACCCCACAUAGAUACGGUGCUAGAGAAAACACACGAUUGUCGUGAUCUACAUAGCUUGCCUUCAUGAUUAUUUC